AUGGCAACCAAGUCUCGAAUGUAUCCCUCGCAGAUUGAAAGUGUCGGCUGUAGCCUACGAAGUGGUAUGGCUCAGGCCUGUGACCGAUGCCGAAGCAAAAAGAUUCGCUGCGAUCGUGCUCUCCCUUACUGUGCCCAAUGCGCUGCUGUCGGCUUCGAGUGCAAGACUAGUGACAAACUCAGCCGGCGAGCCUUUCCUCGAGGCUAUACAAAGUCGCUGGAGGAGCAUGUCAAGUGCCUUGCGGCUGAAGUCAAAGAACUCAGGAGUUUGUUGCACAGAAAGGAUGAAAGUAUGGCUUCAAUCUAUAUCCCACAGCUACGAGCAUUCAGUGAUACAAUGAGGGCGGAAAGCUUUGGAAUUUCGAGCUCUCGUAGCUUUGCUGAGACUUUCAAAAUCAGGCUUGUCGACCAGAAACAGGUAUCAUUAGCGAUUUCGAUCGAAGAGCUGACAGCAAGUCCGCCUUCCCUCGCUCAUUCUGGUACCCACGCAGGCCCACAAACGACCCCUCGCCUUGUCACUGAUCAGCUUCUCACUGUUUUCUUCCAACAAUGGGCUCCUCUCUAUCCAGUUGUGAAUCGACUCGCUAUCCUCAGGAUAUAUGAAAAGUAUUUGUCGAAUCCAGGGUCCUUUCGUGAGAAUAUGAUCGAGCUCGCACAAUUAUAUCUAGUAUUUUCCAUUGCCGCGCUUCCAGUUACCUCUCGAAGCUCUCGCGACCCUGUUUUGUUUGAAGGAAUCUGGUUACCUAUCCUCCAAUCACUUUCAGGUAAUAUUUCUAUCUUAACUUUACAGUGCUACGUGCUCGCCCAAGUGUAUUGUAUGACUAAGGGGGACUAUUCGACUCUCCUACACUAUCGAUUACUUGCUGUUGGUCUCUGUCACCAGCUGAACCUCCAUGAAAGUCAGAAAGGCUUCGAAUCAAAUCCUCUUCUGGCAGAAACAAGAAAAAAAGAUAGGUUCUGUGCUGUCUUGACAAACGUUCCUGUUUUGCUCCAUGAGAAGGACAUUCGCACUGAGUAUCCUAAAGAUAUUGAUGAGCAGAACGUUACCGAGACUGGGUUUCUACCGACUUUACCGGGUGAAUCGACGAGAAUCUCCAGUGCUCUCGCAUUGUUUGCCGCAUCCAGGAUUCUCAACUGCGUUCUAGACGACAUCUAUCCUUUCAAAGGAGGGUACAGCAUCCAAUUGGCAAAAGUCUGCACCAUUGGAGAGAGCUUGGAUAAAUGGGUUAAAAACUUGCCUGCCAAUCUUUGCGUGGUGUUCUCUGAGGGGAAGCCAACCAAUACCACUACGUGUAACUGGUCCCCCGCUCUGUCCAUUGUAUAUUACUUUAUUCGUUCCCUCAUCUAUCGGCCUGUCCUGUGUUUUGGGGAUUUGAAGACCUUAUACUUGCCGUCUAUCUCCGCCAUUGCAGAUUCCAGCAAAUGUAUCGUUCAGGCAAUACAACUCGUCGACGAUGGGGAUCUUUGUCUUCCGGUUGCGAUUAACCGAAGAGAACUUAUAUCAUCAAGCGGGUUUGGUCUACUCUGGCUGGAUAUUGGACUGAGACCUCUCAGCAAUCGUGUGCCGGUAAAUCAAAUUCAGGAGCUACUUUUCAUGAUCGUCAAACUCCUAAAGACAGAAUCGCCUGGAGCUGCUGCGGAAUUCAAUGCGAUGGUCACUUACUUGGCUCCGCUGGGCUAUCAGAAGCACAUAACAACUACAGGGCCUUGUGAAGGGAGCCCACCUGUGCAGAAGUUAGUGAGAUCUCCAACGAAGGAGUCCGAAAUGUGGGAAGCGUGUCCGAUGAGACAUUCGAGUCUGAGCCAGCUACACGAGCAGAACGUGUUAUCCUCGUGCAGUAACUCCAUACCCAACAACUACGUCAGUUUCACCAAACCUCAAGCACGGCUUCGAAAUUGGGAGGGCCUACCCGCUGAUGAUACUGAACGUCAGUACACCGCAGACCGCAACAAACAAUAUUCGUUUAUGCAAUUUAGACGUGAGUCGCUGCCUACCCUUGUGGCCACUAGUACGCCUGCUAGGGAAUCGUUGUUUUCAGCGUGGGAAUCCGUUAUCAGUGACCUGGACCAAGCAUGUCCAAAUAUUUUCACGGGCAUCUGUGGUGGCAAGGAAUUCAUUGAAAACUAUGGGCCGUCUGCCUACGCCACUCCAGAAAUCAUGCAGAAAGAGGCUCACAUAGCGACGCGUACCACUGAAGUCCUGCAGAAUAUGCCAUGUGAAGAUUAAUCUGCUACUAACAGUAGUAACUUUGCAUUGCACAUGGCGGAACUGGCUGCACGAAGUGCUCUAACCGAGGC